AAUGAGGAUGGAGAAGGAGAGGAUACUAAAUCUCACCCUGGAGAUCAUCUACCUGCUGACUGGAGAGGACUUUAUUGUACUAAAGAAGGCAUCUGGUGGUCAUGUUACAUCCAAAAGCCACACCUAUGUGUCCGAUGAACAUAGGAGGAACAAGAGCCCAAUCAUGAAGCCCCCACUUCCUUCCCUGAUAUCUGAGAGUAAUAACAAUAAGAAGAUCCUAGAAGUCACCCAGAAGAUCAUUGAGCUGCUGACGGCAGAGGUUCCUAUAAGGUGUCAGGAUGUCACUGUCUAUUUCUCCAUGGAGGAGUGGGAGUAUAUAGAAGGACACAAGGAUCUCUACGAGGACGUCAUGAUGGAGAACUGGCCGCCCCUCACAUCACCGGGUAAGAGGAGACUUUCAUUUCUUGUAUUGAGGAUCCACCUAGAUACAAACAUCCUCUGA